AUUCGAGACAUUUUUUAAUGGUUACAUGGUUAAUUUGAUCCCGAAAGAUCUUUGAUCGAUAGUUUAUGAACGUUAUUAUUUAUCAAGGCACUGUUAAACUGUGAUGUAAUGUUACUUAGUGCAUCUACACAGUACUUUUUACUGCACUACCCUUCUAGUUAAACAAAAAAAAAAGAUUAUUUAUGUAAUAUAGAGUACACUACCAAGCAUUUUUUAAUAAUUUGAAAUAGCUCCACACUUAAAAACAGAAGUGACAGCACAUCUAUCCGUGAGUGUGCUGACUGCUUAUUGACAUUAGGGUUAAUGUUCAAUGCUUGUUUCUGAGUCUAAACUGAUUAGAAAAACAGCUGUGCUUUCAGACAAAUGUAUCUGUUCAAACAGGUUAUUAAAGCCUAUAGCUGCUGCAAUAUUUGUGUUGCAUAUCUAUUUUUCAUUAGACAGUGUUUAAUGCUGCUGAGCCACACUUAAGGGCUUUCACUCUUGGAGCAUAUUCGAGGCACUUUACUUUAUUAAUUGAAUUUCAUUUAACGGUAUGCCUUUUCUUCUUCUUUCUUUUCUUCUUCCUGAAUACUUCCUCCCCUACUAUGUGUUUUUGUCCACCUACAGCUCUAGAAUAGCUUCAUGUUGGGUGACGAUCUUUCCGGGGGGCAAAUAAACACUCCAGGGGUCAGAGACACGGAUAACGAGCAGACAGCCAGACGACCCGCAGCCAUGAUCCUGACGGGUCGCUCUCUGUGUCUUCCGUCUCGAGCCACAGUCCAGGAGCUCUUCUCCGUGGCUCGAGACGCCGGCGUCGUCCCCGAUAUCUCCUUGGAUCCCGUCCUCACCACCUUCCUCUCGCUGGACUCCUCGGCCGCUCUGCAGCACCAACACGCCUCCUCGCGGCGCAGCAUGAGCGGGGAGCUGCAGGCCGCAUUCGGCCUCAACUUGAGCAGAGAGCUGGGAGGCAGUGCCCGGGUCACCGGUGGAGGGGUCGGGGUGGUUGCUCUGGCUCUGUCUUUGCUUUUUGACCAGGUUGCCCAACAAGUCCGAGCUCAAGGAUCCACUGGGGGGAACCGACCCGCUCCCAGACCCCAGCCCAGGAGGAUCUUUGGCAUCAGCAGUGCUUCGAGAAUUGGCCGGAUUGUCCACAGCUACCUGCGCCUCAUCCCCGGCAUCGCCAACGACCACGAGAAGAUGGCCGAGGCCACGGAGCUUCACGACGACUGGCUGAAUCUGGAGCUGAUCGACCACUACGAGAGGAUGACCACGAGGAAGAGGAUGAGCUCGGUGUCUAUGCAGCAGUGGUUGGCGGGAGCGGCGUUUCAUCUACACGUGAGGAUUCACCAGGUUCGCCUGAAGUCUGUGCCCCGGGGAUCCGUCGAGUCUCUGCGUCUGUCUUAUAAGACGGCGUUGAGCCGCCUGGUCCAGGGCUACACCGUCUAUCUGCACAGCAACAUCAAGGAGACUCCGGCGGGUGGACCGGGACAAACUAACACAUUAAGCAGAACCAAUACAAGCAAAUGCAUUUUUAAUAGCAGCCUGGCCAGUGACUCGACCGAUACGUUUAACAGGACGACGUCGGCCAACUCGAGUGCUGACGUUAGCAGAGGCCGCGAAACGGACUUUGGACUCGAUGUGCCAAAGAGAAGAAAUGAAACCACCGCCCGGGUUGUGGUAAACACGGAGUGUCCCGACAAUGCGACGCACGUGGAUGUUCAGGGGCUGUUAGUCAUCGAGCCGGGGAGGAACGUGACUCACAAAGUCCAGCAUCACCCCUGUGAGUCUCCGGCCUUACAACAAGCUUUGGUGACUCGUAUUAUCAAUGCUCAGGACCUGGAGCGGAACAGACACUUCUUCCUGUACUCUGAGAAGUUCUUCCACAACCUCCUCUCGCAGAAGGACGACUUUGAGCUGAAGACUAAUUAGAAAUUUGAAAUGGGCCUUGUCAGCUGAUUUCACUUACUGUAUUUCUUCUACUGAAAAAUACAUUAAACCACAUUUAUACUUCAUCUAUAUAUCACCUUUAUGCUGCUGUAAUGAGAGUUACCUGAAGUAAAUCCCUUAAAAAAGCUCCAUUGUUAAUAAAACUGGAUUAUGUUAAUACCGCAUUUUAUCAAAACAUGACAAUAAAUACAGGUUA